AUGCCGCCAAAAGCAAAAGGAAAGGCAAAGGCCAAAGCAGGGCUGAUGAGAAGAGGAGUCCUUCGACGUCCAGCCGGGGCUCUCGACGGAGGCGGAAGGCCAGGACUGAGGAGACCAGCGGGAGCAGAGCCUCCUGGCAGAGACGGCAUUGCUCUUCAAUGGGAUCAAGGGCACGCUGUGGAUAUCCACCAGCUGGACUUGGGGAAACUGACGGAGGCGGGACCUCUGGUGAUAGAAGAAGGGACCUAUUUUCAUCAGCCGUGCAAAGCAGCAGGAGAGUGUCUUGGGGUGUCGAUGGAGGAGGGCCGCUCUUACCUUCGCCUGCGGCUGACAGGCACUCUUUGCGAGGGUCUUCUCAAGCACUACACCGGCAACCCCAAGGGCGAAGUGAAGGGUCACAUCUGUCCCAGUACUUGCAACGGCGAGGAGGCAGCGGACAACCUGGUCCACGUCAAGAAGGUGAGGAAAAGGCAGUCCGCCGAACAGGAGGGCGCAUGGGUCGAGAACCUCAUGAAAGUCGUUCCCGCCAUAGAAGGAGAGGACGAACUGGCCCUCUUGAGGAGACAGAUGCCAGCCCUCGAACCUCGAAGGAACGAUGGCGAGGGUUUAGGCGCAGCGCCAGCGCCGGCGGAGAAAGAGAAGCAAGACCGAGGGAAAGACGGGAAGGAAGAUUCAAAGAGAGCAAAGAAGAAAGAGAAAAAGAAAAAGAAGAAGAGAAAAAAGUCGGAGGAGGACAGCGAAGAAGGGUCGGGAGACAAGGCUCUCCUGGAUGGAACCCAACCCAAGAGGGCUUGUGUCAAGGAGACGCAGGCUUUAUUCAUGGGUACUGGGCUAGAUGCCAGGGAGAAGAUACGAAACAAAGUCACUCGUCGAGGACGCCGCCAUUUGAGCAAGAAGAGCAACAAGGAUACUUCAAGCAGCAGUGGCAGCGGCUCAUCGAGCAACAGCAAGAGCGGCGCCGAGGGGGUGGAAGAGAAUCUUUUCGACCCGUCGUCGAAGGUCCGCAUCUUGGCGGAGCAAUUUCCAGGAGCUUUGACGAACCAGGGCAUCAAUCAUAUGAGGACCAGCUUGUUGCAGGAGAUUGGGCAUCAGGAUCGACCCAAUGCACUUCAUCCAGUGGCAGUGGCUUAUACCCAGCAGCAUCUCCUGAAAAGGGCUUCAGCACCCGUCCAGCGGGAGUUGCUGACAUUGAGCCACGCCCUGGACUUGAUGCUGAAGGGAAAAGCUUCGGCAUCAGCCGAUACGCUGAUGCAGAGGUUGAAGUCCAUCGAACAGACGCUUCUGGGGUCUCACUGGUCGAUCUCCCAAAAACUCGAAGUGUUGCCCCCGGAGUCGGCGAGCAUCACGGCUCUGCCGGAGGCAAAGUCAGCCCAACGGGAGAUGUACGACGAAUCCCGGCUCCGGUGGCUUGCGGCCUCCCCGGACGGAAGGCAAGGCCAGAAAGGAGGAAAGAGCGGGGGAAAGACGAAGGGAGAAGGCAAAGAAGGUCGAGGACGAGAGAGAAGGCAAAGGCGGCAAGAAAAGCAAUCCAAAGGGCGAUCAGGGCAAGAAGAAAGAAAGCUGAAGCUGAGGAGUGGAGAAGAAAGCCCCUCGGGAGGAGCCCCUCCUGGUGUGGUUGGGGGCGGCUUGAGAGAGGAGAUGGAGGUUGCGAGAGCUACGGCUCUUGAAGCGUUCUAUGAAAGGGGCACCGCUGUGAAGAAUGGGAACUAUGAGGGUGGAGUGGUGACGGCCGCCCGUUCCCCAGAGAGAACUGGUGACUCCUUGCAGCAUCUACGGGAGCCGGAUGGUGUCCUGGCGGCUGCGCAAUCUAUGCAUGAGGCACAGCUUCCGCCUAUGGAAGAACGAAUUCCUUUCACCAAAGGCGACGAGGAGGGGCCGACCGGCCCUGCUUUUUCUUCAGGCUGUCCUGCGAAGCCAGGGCAACAGCAGACCCGUCCGCCAAAGAAAAUGAAUGCGCCUGUGAACUUGGCAGGGGAAACAUUGGGUUCAUGCGGUAAGUUUUUAUUCCAGCAGCUCCUUGAAGUCUUACCACUUCGCAGCCAGAACAUGGGUAAAGUGAACUCUAGGUCUCUUUUCCCUUUACCCACUUCUAGGAGUAUGUUGGAAACUAUCUUUCCGGAAUUGACUGUGGAGGUGAUGACGUGGCUUCUUUGUAUUUGUUUUUCACUGAACUCUUUGUGGGGUGACUCUGUUUGGUGUGACUGGAAGCCCAACACGUGCCAGCUUAAGUGUUUGCAAGAACUGGUGCAACAUGUGAAAGUGUUCUGCGCUCUGGACCUUCCCAUGGAGACUUUGUCGUGGGAUGAUCUGUUCAAAGUGCGAACUGUGGACUACAUGGGUGAAGAAGUUAAAGUAGCACGCUGGUUCACGUGGGGAAAUAUUAACCCAGCUCUUCCCAAAGAGAUUGGCACUGUUCCCUUGGAAGAGGUUUGUGAGCUGGGGAGUCGUUUUUAUGUGGAGCACUUUGAGAACUUUCUGAAGCCUGAAAGGGAAUGGGUGAAAUCCAGAGCUCCCCGUGUUAUGGUCGAAGAUCAUGAAUGGGGCCGGGUAUGCUCGGGACUUGUCCAAAGUGGGGUUUGUUGUUUUCUGGAGGAACAGGAAGUCUUCAGAGUGGGUGAUGCACCGUUGCUCAAUGGACUCUUCGGGGUAACCAAAGAUGAAUGGACCUCUGACAAUGUGGAGGUGCUCCCCGAGGAACUCAGAGGACGACAGGUCUAUUUGGCCUCUCGAGUCCUCCCAAUGGGCUUUUUGAAUAGCGUGAGUCUGGCACAACACGUGCAUAGGAACCUGGUGAAGUGGAGUGGCAGGCGGGAGCACAUGGGGGCAUCGCCACCAGUGAAUGCUCCUGAGCAAGAAUUAAGAAAAGAUCGCCCUUUCACCAUGGCCAAUCCAUCUUGGAGAGUUUACCUUGACAACUAUGAUUUGCUCGAACGGGUCGAAGCCACGGACAUGGUGGAGCUGGAGGGAACCAUGGCCCCUGGAACUCUGGCUUUGAGACAGGAAUACGAAAUUUGGAACAUCCCCCGAAACGUCAAGAAAUCGGUCUUGCGCUCGGCACGCUGCGAGCUGCAAGGAGCGACGGUGGAUGGUUCCACGGGGGUGGCCUACCCCCGAGAGUCCAAGCUGAACAAGUAUUUCUUGCUGGCUUUCUCCUUAGCUGGCUUGUCGCAUGCGCGACAGAAGCAAUGGCAAGUUGCCUGUGGGGGCUUGGUGUACUUCAGUAUGUUCCGGCGGCCUCUUCUGGGCAGUCUCAACAAGGUUUGGAGCCACAUCCAGGAGUACGAGAGGCGCGGGGUGAGGGUUCUUCGGACCCCCCCUGACUGCCGCUUGGAGCUUCUUCGGUUUCUCGGCCUUCUGCCCUUGGCGAAGCUGGAUUUCCGGCUGGAUAUGCACCCGCAGGUCAGCUGCAGCGAUGCCUCAACGACUGGAGGCGGAAUCUGUGCCAGCGCUGGAACCACCAGUGUAGGUAGCGUUGUGGCCCAGGGCGGGUUGCGAGGGCAGAGGGCUGAAAACCACUCCGAUGUGGGCAUCCUCGCCAUUGGCCUUUUUGAUGGGAUCGGAGCCCUCAGGGUGUCUCUGGAGGCCUUAGGCCUGCCGGUGGUGGGGUAUGUGUCCGUGGAGCAGCAUGAGCCUGCCCGUAGGGUGGUAGAGAGCCACUAUCCAGGGGUCCUACACUAUGACGAUGUGCGGGCCAUCGACGAAGCCAUCAUUAAGGAGUGGUCUGCAAAGUUCUCUCCGACCAGCUUGGUGAUCAUUGGUGCAGGCCCCCCCUGCCAAGGAGUCAGCGGGCUGAACUGUGACCGGAAAGGUGCACUACGAGACCAGCGAUCCAGCCUGUUCGUUGAAGUGCCGCGCAUCCGGGAUGCAGUCAAGCGGUCCUUCAAAUGGUGCCCGGUGUUCGUAAUCAUGGAAAGCGUGGCUUCUAUGGAUGUGGAAGACCGCAAGGUGAUGAGUGAUGCCUUUGGAGGAGACGCAAUCAAAUGCGAUGCGGGUAGCCUUACCUGGUGUCAUCGCCCGCGCCUAUACUGGUGCGAUUGGGAACUGCGCGAGUCAGAAGGAGUGACUAUAACCCCGGGAGACAAUGAAACUCCUGCCACUCUGAUCCUGGAGGGGAAUCAGGACAUCGCACAGGUGGUGAGAAAGGGAUGGCAAAAGCUCAACCCCGACAAGCCUUUUCCAACUUUCACCACAGCUCGGCCCAGAGCUAUGCCAGGGCGUAAGCCUGCGGGAGUUCAACAGUGCUCCUGGGAGGAGUUGUGCCGGUGGCAGCAAGACCAGCAUCGUUUCCCGCCAUAUCAAUACUGCGAUGAUCAUUGCCUGGUCAACAGGAGGUAUGAACGUAGGAUACCAGAUGUGGCAGAGCGGGAGAUGAUGAUGGGCUUUCCGCUGCACUACACCAGUGGUUGCUACCCCAAGCAACAACGGAAGGCCGAGAGCUACAAUGACUGUCGACUCACUCUCCUGGGAAAUUCAUGGAGCGUCCCAGUGGUUAGCUGCUUGUUGAACCAGCUGUUCUCAAGCCUGGGGAUCAUGGACUCCUGGAAGCCACAAAAGAUCCUGAAUGAGCUGUCACCGGGCCACGCUCCUACGGCACAAGGGCGACUUUGUCGAUUGCCGCUCAACCCCCCAUCAGAAGUCCAUGGAGAUCAGUCUCAACUCCUCGCUAAGCGAUUGGGAAACCUCAUUUCAAUUCGUGGUGAAGACAUUCUGCUUACCACACCCACCACACAGAUGGCGAGGUUCCACCGACUACGUGCAACAGUGCCAGCCCGUUGUUGGAAGUGGCGCAUCGUGGCUGGAUGGUCCAACCCCUUUGGGGUUACGUUCACACGCAUCAGAACCCGGCAGACAAACCCAGUCGAUGGGGUUGCCGGGUCAAGUCAAAAUUUAGGCAUGCCAAAGCGUAAAAUCUUGGAAGCUGAGGCUCCAAGUGACAGGGCAAAGAUGCGUCGUGAGUUAGGUACACUCAGGGAUUUAGCGGUCCAACCCGCUACAAAGAAGAGAUAUGACAAGGCAGUAGCACAAUUUUCGGAUUUUCUCAAAAAAGAGCAACUUUCUUUACCAACAUGCAAGGACAAGCUUGAUCCGUUGGUUUGUGAGUAUAUUGAGCAUCUCUGGUCCUCCGGCGUUGGUCGAGCACAGGCCAAUGAUACAGUUGCAGCUUUGCAGAACUUGCAAGCCAACUUACGGGGGCAAUUACCAGGUGCUUGGAGGUUGCUCAAAACAUGGGCAGUCAACGAAGUGCCAAAUCGAGCACCCCCUCUCCCAGAACAAGUUCUGUUGGCCAUGACGGGAUGGGCCUUCUUCAAGGGCCAUGUGACUUUUGGUAUCUCCCUUCUGCUAGGUUUUUAUACCAUGCUACGAUCUGGAGAGAUUCUGGGACUGAAGUCGUCUCAUAUCAUGGUGUCUACUAAGGAACGACAGGUCUUAGUGUCUUUGGGUUACACCAAAGGGGGCAAGCGGCAAGGAGCAGCUGAGAGUGUCAUUUUGGGGGUUCAACCCGCUUUCAAAUUAGUUCAACAAUGGAAGCAGAACGAAGAUGGCUUGCGCACAAGACUGCACGUUAACUACCAUUUCUGUGUGACGGACAGUGAGGAGGUGUGGCUCGGCUGUGCUGUCAACAAGGUUAACUACCAUUUCUGUGUGACGGACAGUGAGGAGGUGUGGCUCGGCUGUGCUGUCAACAAGAUUCUCCCCCGGCGAGCGCUUCCAGCGCGCCGCUUCCCCCGGGGGGUCAUCGGCUUACCGUACAGAUAUCUUCAGUAUGCCCUUCUCGCAGGGCUGUUUUCACAUGGCUUAGCUGUGCUCAAGCGAAGAGCACGACAGGAUGUGGCGAAAGAUCAGAGUGACCUGCAGAUUUCGAAGCUGGCAGGAACAACAGCACCUUAUUUGGCAGCCAAGUUCUUUGACGAAUUUAGCGAAGGUGAAUCCACCUAUGAUGAGGCUUUUUUCCACAGAUCACCGGACUACGACCAAGUCGGCUAUGACGAGGAUACACCUCAACAAGCCGUUGAUGCAAAGAUCUUUGCAGAGACACCAUCAGCAGGUUCAAGGGAAGCCUGGCAAACUUAUUGGCCUGGUUCAGCAAAAGUGCAGACCAAUCGCAUUGGGCCAAAACCCACCUGGCAUCCAUCCAAUAUCGGAUAUGACGAGCCCUACCUGGUGGCUGGAUCCAACAGUGAUGGCACGGGUAGCUCUGGCUUCAAGGCUGCGAGAUGGUUUGAUUCCUCGGUCCUGAAGUACAAUGGCAUGGGGCAGCCACAGUUGCCGGCAAAAGGCACCGGAGCAAGGCUACAGGAGGCAGACGCGAUGAACAAUCCAUGGGUGCAGCGUGCAGUCAAUACAUCGCUUCUUUGCAAGGAGGCUGGAUGCACUGCCACCUCGAAAGUGACAGUUUUCAAUACGACGACGGAGGAGGUUGAACGCUGCAGGCUGAACAUCGAGGUUCAUCCAACAGACUAUGACAACCAGUGGGGGCAGGAGUUUGUCAAGAUCUGGAAGGUCAAUGGGCACAUGGCCACAGCCAAGUGCCUUCCCAAUGCCAUGGGCUGCAACGAUUCAGCGUGGCGUCCCUUGAUCCCCUGUUUGCAGGACUUGAGCGUAGAUCAUGUGUUGGCUGCAGGGGACACGGGCGCCUUGUUCAUUGAGGGCUCCAUCAACAAGUUGGUUGACGAGUGCCCCUACCAGGGCUUUUUGCUGAAUGCUGUGGCUACUGUCACCUGCAUGGCGCGUCCCAAAAUGAGGGCCCCCUUUUUGUUAGCACCGCAUGCCCAAUAUGGCGGUGCAGGUCAGGGAGCCCGAAGCGGUGCCUUCGACACAGCCCUGGGGGGCUAUGGUUACUAUGGCCCGAACAGCCGGCCCAAUGGACCCAAUGGGCCUAACGCCGGCCCCAAUGGGCCCAACGGAGCCUAUGGAGUCUAUGGCGCCUAUGGGCCCUACGGGCUCUUUGGACCCUAUGGCAACCCCAGCAAUGGCCUCUCUGGUAGCGAGCCCCUGGGGCCCUUUGGAUACCUCUAUGCCUCUUUGGGCUAUGGGACAAGCUCGACCAACAGCUUCUGGGGGCAUGAUCUGAAUGCUUCAGACAUCAGGCGGAUACUACAUGAUAGGCUGGAUCCCGGCAUGUCCUUCUUGAUGCAUGCCCCGCUCCGGUGCUGUGCCCCUGGAUGUGCAGCCAGAGGAGUCCUGGAGGUGGAUCCUGUGAUUCUCCGCGCGGGUGCGCAGUGCUUCUUGAAUUUCUCAGUGGUGCAGACCGACUACGACGAAUCCGUGGGAAACGACGUGGAACGUAUCGAGUUCAUUUCAGUGUCCGGCCUGGGGAAUGUGAGCAAGAACAUGAAGCCCGGGAGGAAUCCCUGCACGGAGGAGUAUAGUACAGGCAAAAGCGUGCCAACAGCAGAGAGGGUUGUGACGGUGCUGGAGAAUCAAAACGUCACGGAGCAGCUCUUGGCACCUCCGUUUGGACAGCUGAUCAUUGACAGCAAGAUUACGGAGCAGGUGGACGACUGUGCCUUCGAGGAUGCCUUGUUCCAUGGCAUGGCUGUGGUGCAGUGUCGACUUCCAAGCCUCGUUCAGACCAACUCUACCACUAACUCGACUGCCAACUCCUCCGUGAACUCUACAAAGAAGACCUUCACAAAUGUGACGGUGAACUCGACCAAGGAGUCCUUGAAGACAAACGCCACACUGAAUUCCACAGCAGUCUCCAAGACGAACGAGACGACCAACGCGACGACCAACGCGACGACCAACGCGACGACCAACGCGACGACCAACGCGAUGACCAAUGUGACGACCAACGUGACGACCAACCUGACGACCAACGAGGAGCUGCCAGAGGCAGCCAGUGGCGGUGCGAACACACCGCCAGAGGCCAUUGAGAAGAAGGAUGAAGUUGAAUCGCCUUCAAGAUCGCCUCGAGGUUCGAUGCUGUUGGACCAAGCAACGAGAAGAGAUGAGAAGAAUCAGGGGCUCCUAGCCCUCUACGAGCAGUACAGCAAGUGUCAGCGCAGUUUGCAGGCUCAUUAUGACCUCAAGAGCGGCUCCAGUCGAGUUGGACCUGCAAUCGAGGCCAAAACACCUGAACCAAGUGAAGCGAAUGCUCAGGAGAUGCUGAGAAACACUGAGAAGCUGAUGCGACAGAAGGAUGCAGAACUGCUGGCUCUUCAGAGGCAGAACAAGGAGUUGCAAGAAGAGCUACACGAGAAAGAGCUAGCUCACGCCCACACGGGCAGAGAAGCAACUCGUUUGUCUCAAGAGAAUGGAAGGCUGAAGGCUGAGCUGGAACGCAUGCGAGAGUCCAUGUCAAGGGCAGAUGCGCAGCCAGCUGCGACAGGCGGAGCUGGUGCCAAUUCUACGCGUUCACCCACAGAGAGAUCGAUUUGCAUGGCUCCCGUUGAGCUGCCGCAGACUCCCAAGGUAGUUUGCAACCUGCAGACAGAACUCACCUGUGUCAGCGCAGGGCUCCAAAACGGUGACGCACUGCCGCGAACGCUGGUGGCAGUUGGCACCAACGAUGGCUAUGUGAAGCUGGUCGAUGGCCUCACCGGACGUCUGGAAGCUCACCUCUCAGUGGCGCGACAGCUGCCGAAGGUGAUUGACUUGCAGUUAACGGAGGCAGGUCUGCUGUUGGUGGCCUCAUCGGAUCAAGCGGUGCGACUGCUGGAUCUGCAGAGGCGGCGCCUGGUGCACACUUUGCGCGGUCAUCGUGGCUUGGUCUCCGCCUGUGGCUGGCUCCAGGGCUCACGUGCCUUCACUGCCGGUGCAGACAGGACUGUGAAGCUAUGGGAUGUGGAGAAAGGACAAGUCCUAAGGUCCAUGCCCUGUGCUGGACCCGUCACCACUGCGCGAGCGCAUCGCCAAAGUGGUGUGGUGGUGGCCGGAUAUGCUGAUGGAAGGCUGUCGGUCUUCGAUCCACGGCUACCAGAGGCUCCUGCCGAACCAGUCAGACUCCACCAAUCAGCCCAGGCGGUGGUGGGGGUCCAGCUGUCGCAUGAUGGGAACCUGGUGUUGAGCCAAGCACAAGACGGCUCCGUGUGCUGCACGGCGCUGGGUUGCCCUGAGCCAACCUUGCGGUUGCAGGCUUCUGGACCUCUGGACAGUGGUCCCUCGCCUCCCGCGUUUAGUCCAGAUGGUGCUUCCAUCUUGGCUCGUGGUGCUGCCAGUGUCCAUUGCUGGACGAAGGAUGGACACCUCGUCUACAACCACGACCUUCAACCAGCAGUGGCUGUGUCUUGGGACCUGCAGCGUGCUGUCUCCAUUCAUCGCAGCGGCCACUUCUACAGUUGGGGAGCUGAUCAGGAAGGUGCUGAUGACCUGAACGCAGGUCCCCGCUCAGAGCCCCAGGACUAG